UUUGUGGAAGACGAAACACCAAGAGCUAGCUUCAGCCUCUCCGUAUUCCACACUGUCUGCCUCCCCGGUUCGUUCCCAACUCUCCAUUAAUACCUCGCUCGCACAGUAGAGCACAAUACAUACAAGUCCAGCAUCGAUCAAGCGGAUGCACCCGAUGGAGAAGACCCCCACAAACACCAAUACCAUCAACAAAACGGAGCUGCAACACGAUCACAGCGGGAACUCGUCGGCCGCCCCAACGGUGAUCGCCGUCGAGGUCGAUCCGGAUGCUCUCGGCUGCCCCACAUGCCUUCAGCCCCUUGUACCUCCAGUGUUCCAGUGCGCGGCUGGACAUCUGGUUUGUUCCACCUGCCAUGGCAACCUCUCGGACAAGAACAAGUGUACCUCCUGUUUCAUCAAAACGGGCUUCAGCCGUUGUUUCGUCCCCACGAGCUACAGCCGCUGCCACGGCGUCGACCGCAUCCUGCAAUCCGUCCGAGUCGCCUGCCCAUACCGCUGCAGUGCAGUCAAGACGUUCUACCACGAUAAGGAGGAGCAUGAGAGGACCUGUCCCGGCAAAGCCGGCGCCGUGCGCAAGCGGGGACGGGUCCUGAAGAUGGGCCCCUGCGGCGGCGGCGGCGGAGACGUCUGGGAGAUGGACUUGCGGGGUGUUAACCGUAUCGUCAAGGUGGUUCUCUGGCACUCCGGCGCGGUCGACGCCAUCUUGGUGUUAUACGAGCGGGAUGGCCGGGAGGAGCAGACCAAGCACUGGGGAAAGCUCGAAGGACAUCGUUCAGAGAUCUGCCUGGAGCCGGGUGAAUACCUCGUCGGCGUCAAAGGGAACCUGGGCAAUUUCGGUGGUUGUUUCCUCUUGGGAACGCUUACUUUCAUCAGCAACCUGCGCACCUUUGGGCCAUAUGGAACGAGGGAAGGUCCGCCAUUCGACCUUCCAGCAGCUGGCGGCAAGAUUGUUGGCUUCCAUGGCCGCUCCGGGGGCCUCCUCGAUGCUCUGGGCACUUACGUAAAGAUGGACGACUAGCCCACACAUUACUAUCUAGGCCAUUGGUCAAUAUUACCAUUUGUACUGCAUGAACAUGUCAAUGCCUACUGUACCUCGUGACCAAAUGUAUUACGCAUGAGCAAAUCCAUAUAU